GCGAUGACGUAGCACGUCGACGUGAGAGUGUGGAGCGCUCCGAGCAACAAACAACAACAAGCAAAAAGCCAAAAAAACGGCCAGCUUGUUUGUGAAGACGCUAUUAGCUGUUUCGCUGACGGUCCACAAUGAGUGUGGACAAAGCAGAGCUGUGUGAUUCCCUGCUCGUCUGGCUGCAGAUGUUUCAAGUGCCGUCAUGUACGAGCAAGCGUGACCUGACAAACGGAGUGGCCAUCGCUCACGUCCUCCAUAAAAUAGACCCAUCCUGGUUUAAUGAGACAUGGCUGGGGAGGAUAAAGGAGGAGAGCGGAGACAACUGGAGGCUCAAGGUCAGCAACCUGAAGAAGAUUCUACAGAGUAUGAUGGAGUAUUACCAUGAUGUGUUAGGGCAACAAGUAGAGGACGAGCAUGUUCCAGACGUUUCUCUGAUUGGAGAGAUGGGGGAUGUGGUGGAAUUAGGUCGGCUGGUGCAAUUGGUUCUGGGCUGUGCUGUCAGCUGUGAGAAGAAGCAUGAGCACAUUCAGCAGAUAAUGACCCUAGAGGAGUCUGUCCAGCACGUUGUCAUGACAGCCAUCCAAGAGCUGCUGAGCAAAGAGACUGUGGAGUCUGGAAGCCCAGACACAUAUGGAGACUUUGACUACCAGUCAAGGAAGUAUUAUUUUCUGAGUGAAGAGUUGGAUGAGAAGGACGAUGUGUCCCAGCGUUGUAGGGAGUUGGAGCAGCAGUUGUCUGUGCUAAUGGAAGAGAAGUCCACGAUGCAGACAGAGCUGCAGUCCCUGAAGGACAGGCUGAGUCGCUGUGAGCCUCAGGACGCCUCGACCACCAUCACAGGCAAAAAACUGCUGCUGCUGCAGACCCAGUUAGAGCAGCUGCAAGAGGAGAACUACAGGCUGGAAAACAGUCGUGAUGAUCUGCGCAUCCGAAGCGAAGCUUUAGAGAGGGAGGUGGCUGACCUGCAGCAUCGCAAUGAAGAACUGACCAGCCUGGCCCAGGAGGCACAGACACUCAAAGACGAGAUGGACAUCCUCCGGCACUCCUCGGACCGCGUGAGUCGUCUAGAGGCGCUGGUGGAGACAUAUAAGCGGAAGCUGGAGGAUCUGGGGGACCUGCGCAGACAGGUACGUCUGCUGGAGGAGAGGAACACUGUGUACAUGCAGCGCACCUGUGAGCUGGAGGAGGAGCUGCGCAGGGCCAACGCGGGACGAACUCAGCUGGACUCCUACAAGAGACAGGUGCAUGAGCUUCACACCAAACACUCCUCAGAGGCCAUGAAGGCCGAGAAGUGGCAGUUUGAGUACAAAAACCUUAACGACAAGUAUGAAGCCCUACUGAAAGAGAAGGAGAGGUUGAUAUCAGAGCGGGACACCCUGCGAGAGACCAAUGAGGAGCUUCGCUGUGCUCAGGUCCAGCAGAAAUGCCUCAGCCAAGCAGGCUCUCUGGUAUCUGACUCUGGAGCAGUGGGUAACCUGGCAUCUGAGAUCAUGCCCACAGAGUUCAAGGAGACUGUGGUGCGCCUGCAGAGUGAGAAUAAGAUGUUGUGUGCUCAGGAGGAGUCGUACAGGCAGAGACUUGGGGUGGUGCAGGCCCAGCUGGAGGAGGCACAGCGCAGCCAGAACACACUCGAGACACAGAACAGGUUGAGCCAGCAGCAGAUAGCACAGUUGCGCUCUCAAGUGGAGGACUUGCAGAAGGCUUUGCAGGAACAGGACAGCAAAGCUGAGGAUGCCAUCUCAUCCCUCCUGCAGAAAAAACUGGAAGAGCAUCUGGAGAAGCUGCACGAGGCCCACUCAGAUCUGCAGAAGAAGCGAGAAGUAAUCGAUGACCUGGAGCCCGGAGCAGACAGCAACAUGGCAAAGAAAAUUGAUGAAUUGCAGGAGAUUCUGAAGAAGAAAGACGAGGACAUGAAGCAGAUGGAGGAAAGAUACAAGCGCUACGUGGAGAAGGCUAGGACGGUGAUUAAGACUCUGGACCCCAAGCAGAAGCCCCACUCUCUUCCUCCAGAGGUUCAGGCUCUGAGGAACCAGCUGUCAGAGAGAGACCGAAAGAUCCAACAUAUGGAGCAUGACUUUGAGAAGACCCGGUCCAGACACGAUCAAGAGGAGAAGCUUAUCAUCAGUGCCUGGUACAACAUGGGUAUGGCUCUUCAUCAGAAGGUGGUAGGAGAGCGGACUGGUUCCCCAGGCCAGGCCCAGUCUUUCCUGGCCCAGCAGAGGCAAUCCACACAGGCACGGAGAGGCCUAACUGCCCGCUUCCAGCCCAGAUAACACGCACACACGAGUACAGAGAGCGAGUAUAAGACACUCUGACUGGCUCUGAACUCUCCUCUUCUUGCCUGCUGUAGUAUCUUCCUUGCCAGCAACUUGUCCAUAAAUUCUCUGGGCAACUGGAAGCGCAUUGCUGCCACCUACAGGCCAACACUGGAAGGGCAAUGGUCUUUUUUGCUGCUGGCUAAACAUGCACCUCCAUUCUCUUGCCUUUUGGAGUGUGUGGUUGAGUCUGACUGCUGCAGAGGAAGAGGAUUAAGAUUUGAAGAUCAUUAGGAUGAGGAAAAAAUGCAUAAGGGAGGAAGGAACGAAGAACAUUGUUGCCUACUGUCAGCGUUUUCUUCUUUAUGAACUUUAUUUAGUUUUCCGUUUCCUCUUAGUUGGAUAGUCAAGAGGGUUAGUUUUAUUAGUAAGGAUACAGGGUUUUAUUUCAAAGCGCUUUGGUCUGCCACUGUAUUUACAGGGUCAAUCUAGAUAGACGUUCUAGGGCUCAGCCAGUCGGGAAUCAGGGAAUAGUAGGGUUUAAAUUUUGUUCUUUGUUUUACCAUUCUUCUCACUUUAUUUCUUCAUCCAUCCAGACAACACUACGAUAAACUUAUUAUCAAAUGACCAGAUGGUGCAAAGCCCACAAGCUGUAGCUGUUCAUUUAGUCACUGAUGGCUGUAGUUGUGGACCUGGUGACUUUCCUUCAGCAAAAAUGCUGCUCUUACAAAGUGAUUUUCAUGUGUGUCUGUCUGAUAUAGAGUUUAUGUGCUAAUCAUGUCCUUCUGAUUUAUAUCGCAAGCAUGCCUGUUUAGUUUUAAUCAUAUUUUCUCUGUAUUUGUUUUGAUCUUAUUUUUAUCCCUGAUUUUUUGCUGUAGUUUUAGCUAGUUUUAUGGAUAUUUUCUUUUUCCUUAACAAAUCAUGUUUUAGCACCUUAACAUUCUAAGUAACAUGUAGACAUAUGAGGCCUAGCUUAUUUUAGUUUAAUCUGAUCCUAGAUUUUAGUCAUGUUUCAGUUUGUUCAGUAACACACUACAGAUUUCAGUUAGCUUAUUAGCUAUUAGCUUAUAAUUACACUGUGAGAAUGAACACCUUCUUUAUGGUUUAUGGUGGAUAUCAGUGCCUCUUCACAGACUUAAGCAAUGGCUGUUUGUAUGCUGCCUGCUUGCUGAGGUCAAAGAAAUUGACCUUGAGAAUGUUAGCCAGUCCAGUUAUGAACAGGAGACUGCACUUUCCAAUGAUGAACACUUAGUUGUCUCUCCAGUUUGGCAGUUACAGGAAUCCAUUAAGGAAUCCAUUCUCUGUCUUACGAUCAUGUUUCAUGAAUUUCAACUAAAAAUGAUCUGAGAACAAAAUGAAAAACUAUCCUUUUUUGUUUAGUCUUUCACACUGAAAUCAAAUGAGGGACCUCAUUUUAAGAUGAGCUGCUCACCAUUUAAGAUGAAAUGUUAGCAAUGCUAGCAUUUCCUUGCUGAGAGGAAACUGCUUUCUUCUCCAUAUUUGCUACUGUUGCUACAAGAUGGUGGUUCAGUUUGGCUAAAGUAUUAGCCGGAUGGGCUCCUUUUCUGUUUGAAUCUGCUGUUAUCCGUUUUUAACUGAUGUCUUUGCACAAUGUGAAAAAGCCGUAAGCGGUUAUCCAUUAGCAAUGAAGGGUUUUUUCCUUAAUUGAGGAGAGCUACCAAAGUUUAAUGCCUUUUUCUUUUACUUUAUUUUUUUCUUUUCUUUUUUUGGACACUACUGUAAAUGGUCUAACACUGACACUAAAUCAAAGUCCUUUUCAAACUGUUUUCUGGUUCCAGUGACCACAAAAGAUGUCUGAAAGAAUCACUUCACCAAAAGAUGCUAACAUGGCUAACUCUGAGUAAAAGGCUGGUUAGCAUGAUACAGUUUCCAUAAACUAGCUCCUGCUAGUUUCAUUCAUUGUUAGCAUCAUCAGCAUUUUUAGCUUUUUAAACUGCUAACAGUGACUGACAAACUUGCCCUACAGCUGCUGUGCGUUUGUGUUUAGAGGAGCACAUUUUGUGUGUUACAGUUAAACUUGUUUGGAACUACAUUUGCUGAGCACCAAGACUGAAGAUGUGAAAAAUUAAUGUUUUUUGAGAGAAUUUUGUCAAAGACACUGGAGUGACGAUGUUGAACUGUGUGAUUCAUAUUUACAUGUUUAAAGUAUUUUUUUGUGUUGUGUUAUAUUCUGGUGUUUGUUGGGUGAACAACACUGGGUCAAGCAUGAGUUGUAGAUCAAAUUAGUCAAUGUUCCACAUUUUGCACUGCAAUAAAAAACCAUGGACAGCUGGUACCAGAAAACAUGA